CGAAUAACCACACUUUACUUAUAGAACCAAUAACUGUCAUAAACCAUGGGUAAGGCUAAGAAGACGAGAAAGUUUGCAUUGGUGAAACGUACCAUCAACUCAAAGGAUCCCCGUAUAAACAAAAACAAGGACAAACCAAAGAAGAACACUGACGAUUCUGAACUUGUUAGAGAUGUACCACAAGUAUCAUCAGCGUUAUUCUUUCAAUUUAAUAAGUCUAUUAAACCUCCUUAUCAAGUGCUAAUCGAUACUAAUUUCAUCAACUUUUCUAUUCAAAAGAAGAUAGAUAUUGUGAAAGGUAUGAUGGAUACUUUGUAUGCUAAAUGUAUCCCAAUGAUCACUGAUUGUGUAAUGGCAGAAUUAGAAAAAUUAGGACCAAAAUAUAGAAUUGCUUUAAAACUUGCAAGAGAUCCUAGAAUUGAAAGACUUACUUGUUCCCACAAAGGUACCUAUGCGGAUGAUUGUUUGGUGCACAGAGUCAUGCAACACAAGUGUUAUAUUGUAGCUACCAAUGAUGCUGAUUUGAAGAGAAGAAUUAGAAAGGUUCCUGGUGUACCUCUUAUGAGUGUAGGUGGACAUUCAUAUGUUAUUGAAAGAUUACCAGAUGUAUUUUAAAACAAUUUAUAUAUGUAUAUUGGAUGGAAAAGAAUAGACAAU